AUAUGUAUGUAUUGUGAGAACAUGUUGAAAGAUGGGCAUCUACCCAAAUAUGCAAUCAGAAAUCAGCUGUUCCGAGGUGCUUUGCCUGCAUACUUCAAGGAUAUAACAUGGGUGGAAGAGAUGGUCUGUUCUGUAUACAGAUGUACCAUGCAUGUUUCUCAACUUUAUGGCUCUGCUGAUCUGGCUCAAUCUCGAGUGUUUUACAGAAAUACAUGUGCUCAUGAUGUUAAUUUGGUUUCCACCAUAAGCGUGUUGCCAAGGACACCAUCUGAUAUAAAGGACAUGCUGAGUGUGAUUUUCGUGGGACAACAUCAGUCCGUAAGGUCCUGCUUAAAGACGAUGUUUUAUAUUUGA